CAUCCCGUGCAGCAGCGAUCCCGUAUGAAGAUGACAAGCCCCUCCCCCGCGGCCGCAGCACUUGGCACGAGUUUUCCUAAAGUUUUCGCGCGGGGAUCUGCCUGCGCUUGCGCCAGUACUCCUUCGACCAGCGAUGCUGUGCUGUCUCCGGAAAUAGAUGUAGAUGUAUUUCGCGUUCGUAGAACGACGGUCAGAGUGCGCGCGUGUGAGUGCAAAUGACUGAAGGCCCGGAUUGCCGGGCUGAACUUUUAUGAAAAUGUGGACCAAGAGGUCAAAACUAUGGAGGUUUAUGUUGUGCAUGUUUCUUGCCGUCUCGGCACUCGCGCUAACGAGAGCCGAUGACGACGUACCAUUAGAGUCACAAUGCCGUCCAUACAUCGAAAAAGCUCUAAAAGAGCUCGAGUCGGGAGAUUCAGAACCAGGUUCAGGGGAAAAUAAAGACUCAAGUGAAAUUAGUAUAGAUAAUAAUACAAAUGAGGACAUUUCUUUAGAAAACGGGGAGGCUUCAGCCAAUGAAGAAAACAGCAAGGAAUCACUAGUAAGCAAUGAAGAAGAAAUUGAUGUACCAUCAAUAGAAGUAGCAGAUGAACCCUAUGUGUCUCAAGUCUCGUACGAAGAUGGUCAAGAAAAUGAGGACGAAAACGAAUCGAAUGAAAGUAUGGCAGUGGAAGAAAAUGAAGAAGUUAUUGAGGAAAAAGCUGCUGAUAAUGACGGAGACAGCAAUGAGGCAGCAUCUGCUGAUGAACAAGACGAAAAAGAAAGUCAAGAGGAUGGAGCUGUAACUUCUAUUCAAGAAGAUAGUGCUGAAAAACAGUCAGAAAUUAUGCCAGCUGAAGAAACCAGUACAGAAGAUUCGCAAGAAGAUACCCACCAAGAAAGCCAAGAAGAAGGAGAUAACGCAAAAAGUGUAGAAGCAGAUGAACAAGAAAGUGAAAGUAGUGAAAUUGUAAAUGAAUCUGGGAAUGAAAGUGAAGAGAAAACCAACGAAAAUGGAGAAUCUCAAGAGGACUUACCAAGUUCCGAUACAUUAGACAAAGAUGAGAAAGACGAGAGUAAAGAACAAUCCGAAACAGAAGAAGGAGAUGAAUCACAAGAAAAUAUUGCUUCUGAAGAAACUGUGGAUGUUAGUAAAGAAGACAUAGCAGACCCUGAAAAGGUAGACGAUGAUAACUCGCAAGAAGAAAAUAAAUCUGACGAAGAAUCUGCAGAAGAAAAGGGUACUGAAGAAAAAGAAACAUCUUCUGAGAACUUAGGCGAAGAAAAUGUUACAGAUGAAGAGGCACAGGAAUAUGAAACGUCAAAAGAAGACGAUGAUGCUAAAAGUGAAGAAGGGAAUGAAGGAAAUUCUGCUGAAACUGGUUCUGAAGAAGAACGUAGUGAGGGAGCGCCUGAGGAAGAUUUAUUAUUGACAGGAGAAAUUCCAGAAAACUUAAGAAGUCGUGAGCACAUCAUACAAAUACUGAGGUUAGAUGAAGAAGCUAGUGAAGCUGAACUAAUAGUGGAGAAAUCCGCUGACAUAAUUUUGCGUGACUUGAAAAGAUUAUAUGAGGGCUCAAUCAAGCCGUUAGAAGGCCUUUAUAAAUACAGAGACUUGAGCAACAGACAUUUUGGUGAUCCAGAAAUAUUUUCGAAACCCCUUGUGCUAUUUAUGGGACCAUGGAGUGGGGGCAAAUCUAGCAUCUUGAACUAUCUUACCGGGCUAGAGUUUACUGAAUGGUCUUUAAGAACAGGCGCAGAACCAUCGCCAGCUUACUUCAACAUUUUAAUGCAUGGCAAGGAUCCAGAAGUAUUAGACGGCACCCAGUUAGCUGCUGAUUGGACAUUCUCUGGUUUGCAAAAAUUUGGCCAAGGUUUAGAGGAGCGUUUGAGAGGUCUUAAAUACCCCAGCAAGUUAUUGGAAAAGGUGAACAUCGUGGAGAUUCCUGGUAUUUUAGAAGUAAGGAAGCAAGUUUCACGAGUGUUUCCCUUCAACGAUGCCUGCCAGUGGUUUAUUGAUCGAGCGGAUAUAAUAUUCCUCGUGUACGAUCCUUCGAAGCUUGACGUUGGUCCCGAAACAGAAGCUAUACUAGAUCAACUAAAAGGCAGAGAAUCACAGACCCGAAUUGUCCUAAACAAAGCCGACAUUGUGAAGCCAGAAGAAUUGAUGCGUGUACAGAGUGCCUUAAUCUGGAAUAUUUCCCCUCUGAUGAGCUCCCCGCAGCCACCCGUGAUGUACACAGUGUCUCUAUGGUCCAUGCCCUUCGAUGCGGGCGCACCGGUUCGAUUGCUACUGGCACAAGAGCGAGAACUUUUGCGUGACCUUCGCCAAGCAAUUGACAAACGCAUUGAAAACAAGAUUGCCAGCGCCAGGCGAUUUGCGGUCCGUGUAAGGAAUCACGCAAAAAUGGUCGACUGUUACCUGACCACAUAUUAUAACCACAAGACCAUUUUCGGAAACAGAAAACUAAUCGCAGAUGCUAUCAUAGAAAAUCCUCAAAACUACCACAUCUACGAGGGUCUUAGCACACUCACUAAUAUUUCUAGAUAUGAUCUACCAGACCCUGAAACAUAUAGAGACUUCUUCAGACUCAAUCCUCUGUACGAAUUCCAACAACUCUCUGCCACUUGCACAUAUUUCCGUGGCUGCCCCAUCACGAAGCUCGAUGUUGCCAUUGCCUACGACUUGCCUGAACUCGUCGGAAAAUACAAGAAAAUGGUCGAGACCGCCACACCGCAGGGAAUGCCCAAGACUUGAAAUAAAACUAAUAAAUUGUUACAACCCGCUUUUUAUAUUUAGCAAAUAAAGAAGACGAUUAUUUUUGGGCACAUUAUGCAUUUGUUCUAUCAAUUGGGCAAAGAUGGUUUUGGUUUGUUAUCGCAUUUUAUUUGUUCGUUGUUAUAUUUAUUUGCUUUAAUUCCUGCUUAUAUCCGCUUUUUUAUUGUUGACGUGAAUGUGUCGACUGCCAAAUGACUUGUUUUCAGAUUUUUCCUUUUUCCGUUAGUAGUUUGUAAUAAUUUAGAAAACAACAAUAUUUCCAUUUUCCUAAUUAACAAAUAACCUAACUAUGGCAGACGUUCAUUAAUCUAGUCAUUAUUAUAAAGUUUUGUUAGUAUAUCUACUUUAUUUAUUAAUGUUUAUAAAUAUUUUAGUGUAACACCACACCAACUUAUGAUAGUAGUACGGUCUCUACCAUUGUCUUCGUUAGAAUAAGACUUAAUAAUGUAUAGUAAGAAUAAAAAAUUAUUAAAAAUUCA